UCGUGUGGAAAUUUCGAAAAAAAAAAAACCAUAACAAAAAACAAACAACUAGAUCUAGUGUGUUUUUUGUGUGUUGAUGAAAAAAUACAAGUGUUCAAGUCGUGCUCCUACUUUCAGUCGAGGAUUUUGUUGACUUCUCGUCUCUGUCUCUUAUCUUAUUUUCAUCGGAAUUAUAAGUGUCUGUGGAUUAUUAUAUUUCAGAAUUGUUCGUUCCUCAGUCCCAUGAAGUUGUGACGCGCCUAGAUGGGCUGCUCUGCAUCCUCCACGGCGGCAGCGCUGAGCCAAGCAGACGACACGGCCAAGAAAGACGGGAUGGAUAAAAAUAGCAACAAGGACAAGGUCGCCGCCAGGAAAAAUAGGGUCUCCGUGUACAGCAAGGGCAAAGUUUCGGACGGAACCACUCCCACUCAAGCGAUCAGGCUGUCCACCAAGACACCUAAAGAGCCUGUGCCCCCGGAAAGAACUUCAGAUCAAGUGACGUCCGCUUCUCUCAAGAAGAGCCCGAAUGCCGGCACUAGGUCAACAUUGAGAAAUGAAGGAAACAACAAAGUGCACAACGCUACUUUACCGGAUAUAUCGAACACCAGAGAUCCUAAACGUCCUCCGGUUACUGUAAAAACCAUACAGACCAUAGACCAUUCCAGAAAAAACUGUUUCCUGACCAAAAGUGGAGAUAUCGACCACAUCAUCAAAGAGGAACCCGCUGAUAAGAUCCAGCAGGUUACGCCCUUGCCAAAGAGGGAAAGUAUCGCCUUGAACAAGGUUGUACCAGUCAACAACAGUUCACCAGUCAAAAAUUCCCACUCCACGCGGUCCCCUACUAAACAUUUCCAAGCCAAAUUGUCGCCUGUAAAAAUACUGCCACUUGGUUCUUCGCAGGUUAAAACGGACCUCAAGGAGGAAACGCCUCUGGCGGAAUUGAUAGAAGAUUCAAACAAAACCGGUUCCGAGAUAGAGGUUCCGCCAGAUUUAAGCUUACAUAAUGUCACUGUUAUAGAAGUCAAGGCUCCAGUAGAUAAAACGACCCCAAACAAGGAGGAAAAAUCGGUGCCUUUAUUGCCUCAAUGUGAGAGCCCUGUUAGAGUUUGCAAGGAAAACAAAAACAUUUUGAACGAAAGUUUAAUAGAUAUGAAAGUGGACAGUCCAUCCAAUACAAUUAACGAAGAGGUUAUUUCAGUUGAGCAGUCGGAAACGAUAAUAGAGCCGACAGCCGAGGCCCUGCGUGAAGAUGGCUCUGAAGAAAAACGAAAAUCCUCAAGGGCGAAACCCUACAGCGCCCACCACCCGCAUCAUCACCAUCAUCACCGCCACCACUCUAACAAUAAACCAGACCCCAAGACGCCAGCUUCGCUGCUGCCCUCGUCAGCAAACUCAGUUACGGAUACUGACACCAGCGUCAAAGCAGCUUCCCCGGAGAAAACCAUCAGGAUCAAGUCUCAAGACGAGAAGACCAAGUUCGUCUUCAAGACGGUGAAAUCCCGGGACGAGCCCGAUGGAGGGGAUGGAGUAACCCGGGACAUCCUCAUCCAGACUGACGUCAUCUCCACCAAUGAGAAUAACGAGAAGACGAAAAAGAAAUUAUUAAUAAAGAUGAGAAAAGUCGGAAGCAAAGGUAGCACAACUAGUAUAAGAGUGUCAAGGCCGAAACUAAAUUUGGAUAAGAAACCCAAGCUGGAGAAAAUUAAGUCUGUGGACAAAGAGAAGGAAAUACCAGAAGGCGAGGAGGUCACGUCUUCAUCUCCAGAGAAAGUUGCCAAUCCCCCAGAGAGGUCAAAGGAUGACUGCAAUGUUGGCACUAGGAAUGGACAAUUGUCACGUACCGGGUCACUCACGGUUCUCCGUCGGACUAACUCACGGAAAACCGGAAGUAGCAGUAGUCGCGCCAGCAGCAUCAGCAUGGAGAGUAUUGAUAGCUAUGCCAGCGCUGAUCUUGGUGUGGACAAACUGCCCCCGGUGGAGACUUCAGAAGCCUUGCACGCCUGCUCCCUCAGAUUACGUAACCUGGUGAGGCGGCUGGAGAAAGAGGACCUCAACAAGGAGGACAUGAAGAAGAAUCUGGAGUACGCAGCCAAUGUCCUGGAGACAGUGUACAUUGAUGAAACCAGAGAAAAAGGGUCAUCAUCCAUUUCGUCAUCAGCGUCUCUCUCCGCUACAGCGAGUGAUGACACACGAAAAUAUCGAGCUUUGCUACCUCGGAGGUUAUGCGAAGAGGAUGAUGAGCUUAGUGAAGUUGAGCCAGACGCAGUCCCGACAGAAGUGCGGGAUUGGUUAGCCCUAACCUUUACUAGGUCCAUGUCCAACAUGAAACGAAGAGGAGAAGACAAGCCCCGCUUCAGGAGUGUGGCCCAUGCUAUAAGGGCUGGAAUAAUGGUAGACAGAAUUUACAGGAGAAUGUCCAGCUCCGUUGGUCUUCAUGUUCCACCGCAUGUUCUCAUGUUAUUGAAGAACUUAGAUGACUGGUCCUUUAAUGUUUUUGCUGUAAAUGAAGCCGCAGAUGGACACAGCCUCAAGUUUGUUGGCUAUGAACUUCUACAGAAAUAUGACCUCAUUACAAAAUUUAAGAUCAACACUCAGAUGCUGGAGAGCUUCCUCUUUGCCCUGGAAAAUGGUUACAGUAAAUACAAAAACCCUUAUCACAAUUUGAUGCAUGGAGCAGAUAUUGCUCAAACAGUACAUUAUGUUUUGUCUCAGAGUCGGCUUGCGCAACUGCUAACAGAUUUAGAAGUGUUUGCUACUUUGAUAGCCGCAUUAAUACAUGACUACGAGCAUACGGGCACCACAAACAAUUUUCACAUAAAUACUUGUUCUGAUGUUGCUUUGUUAUAUAAUGACCGAGCAGUCUUAGAGAAUCACCAUAUAAGUGCAGCAUUUAGGUUGGUAAGGGAGGAGGAACACAAUAUUUUAUGCAAUCUUAGCAAAGAGGAGUACAGGGAUUUCCGGUCACUAGUGAUAGAUAUGGUCCUGGCCACCGAUAUGUCUUUCCACUUUCAACAGAUAAAAAACAUGAAGAGCUUGCUCGGAAUGCCUGAAAAUAUUGAAAAGUCCAAAGUUUUAUCCCUGGUCUUGCAUUGUGCUGACAUCAGUCACCCUGCUAAAGAUUGGGAACUUCAUGAAAAAUGGACAGGCUUCUUAUUAGAGGAAUUCUUCAGACAGGGAGAUAGAGAACAAGAACUUGGUUUGCCGUUCUCACCCCUCUGUGAUAGAAAAAAUACACUAGUUGCUGAAAGCCAAAUAGGUUUUAUAGACUUUAUUGUAGAUCCGAGCUUCCAGGUGAUGGGGGACAUGCUGGAGAAAGUAAUGUCUCCCUUGCACCAACAGGGUUCAAACCCCGGACUUAGCAUAAGGAAUAUUGAUGAGGCCAUCUCAGAAGAGGUGUUUGAGAAUAAAGAAAAGAGAGACAAGUCUACGAGUACCUCUAGUUUGUGUAGUAGGCCAGGCACACCCAAAUCCCCAGCCUCUCCAUAUGGACGGUUUGAAUUAAAACGCCCCUGGGUUGAGUGUCUGACACAGAACAAGAGCCUUUGGAAAUUACGAGCUCAAAAAGAUGCUGAAGAAAGAGAAAAAGCAAAGCAAUGUGCCUCUAGGGAUGAAAACCAGAACAUGGGAGAGGAUGCUGGUGACCAGCUUGGCACCAAUAAUUCAGCCACAGCGGCCACUGUUCAGUCCACAUCGUCCAUCGCCACAUCAGCCUCAUCCCCGUCAUCGUCAUUUUCUUCCACCUCCUCUGUGACGCCCAAGCCCAAGCUUUCCCCUAAGCCUGUGUUCCCUCCCCUGAAAGCGCCCUCCCACAGCGGCACCAUGGGAAGCUAUGGCCAUGGGGGGAAACACAACAUAUCCAAGGAUGCAACUAUUAGAAAUACCUCAGUGGAGUCGAAAGUUCAUGUUCACGUCCACCGUCAGACGUCCACUACUGGUCUACUAACUCCACUACGUCUUGGGUCAGUGGAAGAACGGAAGAAGAAGCCUACAAGCCACGCGGACAAGAGUCCAGACAGAACUAGCGAGACCCAAGACGACGAGGUCUUCAAACCUAGCAGAAGCCCCAACACGGACAGCAGAAAAAGCACCUUUGACCUUUCCUCGGAGUCAAGGUUUCACGGUACGCGCUUGGAGAACUUACCGGAAGCAGCCUCGUUUUCAAUCUCUGACGAGCAGGAGAAUCAAAACAAUGAUCAGACGUCGACAACAUAAAAGAUAUUUCUGUUAUGAAGAGAGAGAGAGAGAGUUUGCAUGUUUAGGAAUGAGAGAAGAAUAAGCUUGGAAUAUGAAUAUCUGAAUCGAAGUAUUGAAAAGCCCUAAAAGCUGGUUUGUGUGCUGUUCGUAUAAAUCUUUCCUUCCUUUUAAGGUUGAAAAUUGGCAUGAAUAAUUUACUACAUAAUUAUUGUAUAUCUUGUACAUAAUUAACCGUUUUAUUUAUUAUUCCAAUAACCUCUUACUACCGGAAACUAGUGUGUUUCAACUAAUCAUAACUUUAGCCAAGACAAUCACGUGAUAUUAGUAAUUUUUUUUUAACUUUAAUGAUUUCUUUUUAAAAGAGAGCCUGAAGUUUUAGAGAAUAUUGCGGAUCGUUUCAAGUGUGAAAGGGUAACUCAUUGUGAUUGAACCUUUUAGGAGUCACUAGGUUUAAAAGUUGUAACCCUUUAUUAUACAUUCAUUCAACAAAAAGAAACCUACUCAUGUUUUAUAGCUGCAAAUAUAUGCUAAUUAGAUCAAACAUUGACUUAAAUGCUGGGGUCUUGUGUAAAUUGUCAACAAAAGACCCAUACCUGCGAACAUGGGCGUAGUCAAUAGGGGUUCACCCCCUUCCACCGAAAUAUAAGAUACCCCCCAGAAAUAUUUUACACAGAUACGUUUUCCUGCCAGUCGCUAAAGUAAUAAAGUAAUUUUACAAGAAUUCAAGCAACAGCCUGAGAAAAAAAUCUAAAGCAAAUCUACAGUUACCUAAUUUCUGGGGGGAAAGGGUUAAUGGUACAACCCAUGAAACGAUAAAGCAAAACUACAGUUACCUAAUUUCUGGGGGGGAAAGGGUUAAUGGUACAACCCAUGAAGCGAUAAAGCAAAACUACAGUCACCUAAUU